CGGGAUGUUUACACGCCUGACAGCGGCGGCCGCGCGAGGAGGAGAGGGAGCCGCGGGAGGAUGGGCCGCCUCUAGGUUCGCUCUGGGGCCGCGCCUCGCCGUGCGCUGGGUGAGUGCCCGCGCCUGCAGUGGCCGCGGGGGUGGCGCGGCGGAAGGUGGCCGACCGGCUCGGGGCCGCGCUGUCUCGCCCCAGGCCCAGUGGGCCUUUCCGCGGCGGCGCCGGGCCGAGCUUCCCGCUCGCUCUGAGUCUCUCGAGGGCGGGAGGACGGAACACUCGCAACUUCCUGAAUUUUGAAGUUUCUGUUGCUUCCAACAAUGGAUGAACAAUCACAAGGAAUGCAGGGGCCCCCUGUUCCUCAGUUCCAGCCACAGAAGGCCUUACGACCGGAUAUGGGCUAUAAUACAUUAGCCAACUUUCGAAUAGAAAAGAAAAUUGGUCGUGGACAAUUUAGUGAAGUUUAUAGAGCAUCUUGCCUCUUGGAUGGAGUACCAGUAGCUUUAAAAAAAGUGCAGAUAUUUGAUUUAAUGGAUGCCAAAGCACGUGCUGAUUGCAUUAAAGAAAUAGAUCUCCUCAAGCAACUCAACCAUCCAAAUGUAAUUAAAUAUUAUGCAUCAUUCAUUGAAGAUAAUGAACUAAACAUAGUUUUGGAAUUAGCAGAUGCUGGUGAUCUAUCCAGAAUGAUAAAGCAUUUUAAAAAACAGAAGAGGCUAAUUCCUGAAAGAACUGUUUGGAAGUACUUUGUUCAGCUUUGCAGUGCAUUGGAACAUAUGCAUUCUCGAAGAGUCAUGCAUAGAGAUAUAAAGCCAGCAAAUGUGUUCAUUACAGCCACUGGGGUGGUAAAGCUUGGAGAUCUUGGGCUUGGUCGGUUUUUUAGCUCCAAAACCACAGCUGCACAUUCUUUAGUGGGUACUCCUUAUUACAUGUCUCCAGAGAGAAUACAUGAAAAUGGAUACAACUUCAAAUCUGACAUCUGGUCUCUUGGCUGUCUACUGUAUGAGAUGGCUGCAUUACAGAGUCCUUUCUAUGGUGACAAAAUGAAUUUAUACUCACUGUGUAAGAAGAUAGAACAGUGUGACUACCCACCUCUUCCUUCAGAUCACUAUUCAGAGGAACUGCGACAGUUAGUAAAUAUGUGCAUCAACCCGGAUCCAGAGAAGCGACCAGACAUCACCUAUGUGUAUGAUGUAGCAAAAAGGAUGCAUGCAUGCACCGCAAGCAGCUAAACAGGCAAAAUCAUGAAGAACAUAACCAGAAUUUAAAGUAUUUUGUGAAGAUCAUACCUCCCCUUCUUGUCUGGGUGUUAAGAAUAAUAUUUCCGAGCUAAUAUUCUUUGAAUCCUUAACCAGUUUUCAUAUAGGCUUCAUUUUGCACCAUUCUGAGUUACCUUCUUGCAAGCCCAAAAUGAUUGCAGGAUAUCCAGACUGCAUGUUAGCAAAGAAAGUGGUCAAGAUAGUAUUCACUGAAGGAUUUUAGAUUGAGAGCCACUAUGUUUUAAUUAAUACAUUUUGCAGUACUUUUUUUUUUUAAUAAUCACGCUUAGAGUGUCAGUGCCAAAUAACGAAGUUGUUUCAUUUAUUUAUUUAAUUUUAUUUUUUUUUUGUGGAACCGGGGAUUGAACUGA